GGCUGGGAGCCCAAGCGGUGGCGGUGGAGCCAGCAGCUAGGAGCGCUCGGCGAGCGGCCGGUCGGUGGGGUCCUCGCACCCCGCACGCCCGCACGCCCCGCCCGGCCCGGCCCGGCCCGCAGCGAGCAUGGGCGCGGCGGCCGUGCGUUGGCACUUGUGUGUGCUGCUCGCCCUGGGCGCGCCCGGGCGGCUGGCGGGGGGCAGCGGGCUCCCAGGGGCGGUCGACGUAGACGAGUGCUCCGAGGGCACGGACGACUGCCACAUCGAUGCCAUCUGCCAGAACACGCCCAAGUCCUACAAAUGCCUCUGCAAGCCAGGCUACAAGGGGGAAGGCAGGCAGUGUGAAGACAUCGACGAGUGUGAGAAUGACUACUACAACGGGGGCUGUGUCCACGAGUGCAUCAAUAUCCCGGGGAACUACAGGUGCACCUGCUUUGACGGCUUCAUGCUGGCACAUGAUGGACACAACUGCCUGGAUGUGGACGAGUGUCAGGACAACAAUGGUGGCUGCCAGCAAAUCUGUGUCAAUGCCAUGGGCAGCUACGAGUGUCAGUGCCACAGCGGCUUUUUCCUCAGCGACAACCAGCACACCUGCAUCCACCGCUCCAAUGAGGGUAUGAACUGCAUGAACAAAGACCAUGGCUGUGCCCACAUCUGCCGGGAGACGCCCAAAGGUGGGGUAGCCUGCGACUGCAGGCCCGGCUUUGACCUUGCCCAAAACCAGAAGGACUGCACACUAACCUGUAACUAUGGAAACGGAGGCUGCCAGCACAGCUGUGAGGACACGGACACAGGCCCUACGUGUGGCUGCCACCAGAAGUAUGCCCUCCACUCAGACGGUCGGACGUGCAUCGAAAAGGAUGAGGCUGCAAUUGAGCGCUCUCAGUUCAAUGCCACGUCAGUAGCUGAUGUGGACAAGCGGGUGAAACGGCGGCUACUCAUGGAGACGUGUGCAGUAAACAACGGAGGCUGCGACCGGACGUGCAAGGACACAGCCACCGGUGUGCGAUGCAGCUGCCCGGUGGGCUUCACGCUGCAGCCAGAUGGAAAGACAUGCAAAGACAUCAACGAGUGCCUGGUCAACAAUGGAGGCUGCGACCACUUCUGCCGCAACACCGUGGGCAGCUUCGAGUGUGGCUGCCGGAAGGGCUACAAGCUGCUGACCGACGAGCGAACGUGCCAAGACAUCGACGAGUGCUCCUUUGAGCGGACCUGCGACCAUGUCUGCAUCAACUCCCCGGGCAGCUUCCAAUGCCUGUGCCACCGCGGCUACACGCUCUACGGGACAACCCACUGCGGAGAUGUGGAUGAAUGCAGCAUGAACAACGGGAGCUGCGACCAGGGCUGUGUCAACACCAAGGGCAGUUACGAAUGCGUCUGUCCCCCGGGGAGGCGCCUCCACUGGAACCAGAAGGACUGCGUGGAGACGGGCAAGUGCCUCUCCCGAGCCCAGGCCUCACCCCAGGCCCAGCUGGCGUGCAGCAAGGCGGCCGGAGUGGAGGUCUGCUCCCUCUCCUGCACCACCCACACGCUCUUCGUGCCAGACUCGGACAACGGCUACAGCCUGAGCUGCGGUCCAGGCCUCCAGGGCAAGUCUCCACAGAAGCGCAACGGCACCAGCUCCAGCACCGGGCCCAGCUGCUCAGGUGCCCCCGCCACCCUCAUCCGGCAGAAGGCCCGCUUCAAGAUCCGAGACGCCAAGUGCCACCUCCGGCCCCGACCCCGGGAGCCAGCGAAGGAGGCCCCGAGGCAGCUGCUGCUGGAAAACUGCCACGUGACUUUCGUGACCGUCAAGUGUGACUCCUCCAAGAAGAGGCGCCGUGGCCGGAAGUCCCCAUCCAAGGAAGUGACCCACAUCACAGCGGAGUUUGAGGUUGAGGCAAAGAUGGAGGAGGCCUCAGACACCUGCGAGGCCGACUGUGUGCGGAAGCGGGCGGAGCAGAGCCUGCAGGCUGCCAUCAAGACUCUCCGCAAGUCCAUCGGCCGGCAGCAGUUCUCCGUCCAGGUCGCAGGCACUGAGUACGAGGUGGCCCAGCGGCCAGCCAGGGCCCUCGAGAGCCCGGGGACGUGUGGCACCGGCCAGGUGCUGCAGGACGGCAAAUGCGUGGCCUGCGAGCCCGGUACCUACUUCAGCGGAGAGCCCGGCCAGUGUGUGCCAUGCGCGCCAGGGACCUACCAGGACAGGGACGGCCAGCUCAGCUGCACGCGAUGCCCCAGCAGCGACGGGCUCGGCCUGGCUGGUGCCCGCAACGUAUCCGAAUGUGGAGGCCAGUGCUCUCCAGGCUUCUUCUCCUCCGACGGUUUCAGGCCCUGCCAGGCCUGCCCCGUGGGCACCUACCAGCCCGAGCCUGGGCGCACAGGCUGCUUCUCCUGCAGAGGGGGGCUGCUCACCAAGCAUGAGGGCACAGCCUCCUUCCAGGACUGUGAGGCCAAAGUGCACUGCUCGCCUGGCCACCACUACAACACCACCACCCACCGGUGCAUCCGCUGCCCCGUGGGCACCUACCAGCCCGAGUUCGGCCAGAACCAUUGCAUCACCUGCCCGGGCAACACCAGCACCGACUUCGACGGCUCCACCAACGUCACGCACUGUAAAAACCAGCACUGCGGCGGCGAGCUUGGCGACUACACAGGCUACAUCGAGUCCCCCAACUACCCUGGCGACUACCCCGCCAACGCCGAGUGCGUGUGGCAGAUCUCGCCGCCCCCCAAGCGCAGGAUCCUCAUCGUGGUCCCCGAGAUCUUCCUGCCCAUCGAGGACGAGUGUGGCGACGUCCUGGUCAUGAGGAAGAGCGCCUCCCCCACGUCCAUCACCACCUACGAGACCUGCCAGACCUACGAGAGGCCCAUUGCCUUCACCUCCCGCUCCCGGAAGCUCUGGAUCCAGUUCAAAUCCAAUGAAGCCAACAGCGGCAAAGGGUUCCAAGUGCCGUAUGUCACCUACGACGAGGACUACCAGCAGCUGAUAGAAGACAUUGUUCGCGACGGCCGGCUCUACGCCUCCGAGAAUCACCAGGAAAUCCUGAAGGACAAGAAGCUGAUCAAGGCCCUCUUCGACGUAUUGGCGCAUCCGCAGAACUACUUCAAGUACACGGCCCAGGAGUCCAAGGAGAUGUUCCCGCGGUCCUUCAUCAAACUGCUGCGUUCCAAGGUGUCCCGGUUCCUGCGGCCCUACAAAUAACCCGGCGGAGCUGCCUGCUUGGGGAUGGCCGGCCGGCCCGGGGGAGGGCGCUCCUGCCCCGCGCAGGAGAAGCGAGAGGGGCUCACGGGCCUCCGCAUUGCGUUGGAAACCACCGUGGCAUCUGCUCUGCAGGAAUCGCUGACCAGCCCGUGGAGGGCGAGACCACGUCCAGGCAGAGACCCCCGCGGGACUGCCCUCCUCUGAUCCCGCCCCCGGGGGAAGACCUCGCAGCCUCUCUUCCUCCCUCCCUCUCCCCGCUUGCUGUUCCCGUGCCCUCUCCUGAGCCGGCACCAGCAGAUGCCCGCCUGGGCCAGGACGCUCUGCCCGCACAUGGGCGGGUCCUGGGCAGCACUGGCAUCUGGAGGUGGCCCGUGCCCUCCACCUGGCACUUCAGGAGAGGGGAGGAGCGUGGCUGCCGUGUCUCAGGGAGGCUCUCAGAGGCACAGGCCGAGACAGGAGGCCAAGCUGUGGAAGGAGGCCUGCGUGAAGGCUCGUCUGGGGGCCUCGACAAGCCGGUGGCAAUGGCUGCAAGCCGUCCGCACCCACUGGCUCCUCUGGGACGUGGCGAGUGUGGCUGGGCUCUCAGGAUUCUGGGAUGGGACAGGACAGAGGAGCUGGGAGAGGAAGCCGUGGAUCCCUGCCUUCCCGUGGCAGAGCAUCUAAUUCGGUGCCAUGUGUGUGGAAAUGUAAAUAGAAAUCUAUAUAUACUUCUCUUCGCGGGCACUUUAGGAAAAGUCUCUGCGGUGCCUGUAAAUAGUCAUCGCAGCCCCGGCUUCUCCCACAAGCCAGCGCAAGCCCAGCGGCUGCCGGCGCCCCGGACUGCCUCCACUGCGCCUCCAGGCACUUACCGCCUCUGUGACAUGAGGCCAGGAGCCUGCGGGCCGGGGGACAAGGUGGGCCGGCCCGGACACACCCUGGAACACAGAUGCUUGGGGAACUGGCCUCCACUGCUUUGCCAAGCGCUGCCCUCCGCUGGAACGUGGUGGAAAGCAGUGUCCCCUCAGACCCCUUCCUGGGGGUGCAGGGCCCACCAGUAAACUUUGGAAAGGGCCCAUGUCCAACCCUGAGGCCGUGAUCUUGGAGCUCAUGCUGUGCCCGCUGGCCCCUGGGAGGCAAGGCUUUUCCUAGGAGCACAAGCUGGACACCGGGAGGGGUGGGCUGCCCCCAGGCAGAGGCUUCCAGUUGUCUUCUUUCUGCCGCACCGCCUGGCCUCUCUCUAGAGUCGCUCUUCGAAACAGGAAAGCCUGGAGUGGGACCAGGUUGCACGGUGUCCGGCUCGGCCCAGCUCCAGCGCCUGGGAUGCAGCCAGUGAGGACACUGACAGGCCGCAGGACUCGCAGACACGGUGCUCGGUGGCUCUAGGGCCACCGAGAAUUCAGAACCCCGGGGAGCGUGGGCCAGUCCUCACACCAACUCCCAUCGCCCACUGCAGUUGCUUCUCAGCUGUUUCUUCCUCGCCCCAGACCAGAGAGACAGCGCGGUUUGAGAACAGCCGAGGCACAGAGGAUGCGACCCCUGAGGGCAGGCACAUGAGGUCUCUGGAGGUUCAGGGCCGGGUGACAAGGCAGACGUGACGGAUUUUGUGGUCCAGCAUAGCACUGGGAGCUCAGGAAUCACUGCCUUCACCUGCGUCAGCAGUGGCGGGUCCCCAACUUGACUGAUGCUGUCAUCAGCGCCUCCUCUGCCCAAAUCCACCUCCAGCUGGGAGGGCCCGCCCUGGGUCGGAGGUCAGUGUCAGCUGGUGAGCCCCGUCCAGGCCCCACUGCCCCUCCCCUGGGCCGAGUCCUUGAAAGCCAGCCUUAGUUUCCAGAAAGAGGCCUCCCUUCCCGUGUCAAGCCCUCGGUCCUGCGACGGAGCCCCCGGGGAGGGCGCCGGGAACAGGCUUGGUGUCCUUGGUCCUCUCUGAAAGCCUGUGUUGAUCCAGAGAGGACCAGAAAGAGCCCUCACCUCUCUUUGCGGUUCCUUUGGGUGGCUUCAGCAGUUGCCACCCCCAUACCCAUGAAUCGACCUGCCCUUUGGGUGGGAGCCCCUCCCCCACCGGGUGGCUGUCACCACCCCUGGGGUCAGACCCUGCCCCGUGUCCCCCAGGCAGAGCAGGACGGGGGCAGUUCAGACGGGGGCCCUCCCCCUUCUCCAGUACCCGGCACCCAACAAUCCAGACUCACCAGCUGCCCCCAAGUCACCGUCCAGCCCUUCCCCUACCCAGUAAAACUUGCGGCACCAUCAGGAAGGCCAGGGUGGGGUCUGUCCUGAAUCUCCACUCUAGCCCUCAGCCCCACGCCGGGGAACCUGUAGGGUCCACCUGUUAAACCCAGAGCUGUCUCCACUCUCGGGCCUCGUGGUCCUGGGGCCCCCUCCUGUGACGACAAAGCACAUUUCUGGUUUCCGUCACGGAUGCACGUGGUAGAUUGGCUGACACGAGGUGGCCGUUCCACCUGGUUCCAGGUGGACGUGGAGAGAAAAGGGAAGGAGGACAAGGACCGGCCCAGCUGGGCAGGCCCCACGGGGGUCCCAAGGGACAGAUACCCUGGACGGGUGCAGGGGUUCCCGGCUACCCAGGGGCUGCGCCGCAAGAAGCCCCUCCCACUCCCGGACGGAACGUUGGCCUCGAGCAGCCACAGACCUAUCCCGGCCUGGGCCUGCCCUUCUCCUGGCCCGACCCUCAGUGGCUGGCCAGAAGACAAACUCCAAGGAAAGGAGCAAAGCAGCAAAUUCCUGGAAGCACAAGCUUGCCCACUUGCCCAGGACUGGAAGCGGGCAUCGAGGCCUGGAGGUUCUGAUGGGCUUGGUUCCGGGCCCGUGGAGCAUCACGCUGGGGCAGCCAGAGGAGCUCUCCGAAGAUGGCCAUGGAGACGGAGGGACCACGUCCUGGGGCCUGACGCCACCGGGCAGGCUCUGCUCCGGCGGAGACGCCCCCAGGAAAGGGGCAGAAUCUUCUCAGGUUCAGUGGCCGAGCCCUCAGUGAGUGAGUCUCGAGGUCACCUCAUCUGCUUCCCCAAAUUAAGCUUGUUUUUCUCGAUUGCUCUCUUACCCGUGGCAGAGCCUCGCAGCUGCCGUGGGGCUGGCCCCCCUCGGCCCUGGGCUCCACUGCGUCUCAGACCACAGCCCCCCCAGGUCGCCCUGCCUCCUUCCUCAGUCGCUCCCAGCUCCUCCUCGGCUCUGUGGGGACAGGCUCAAGGGGGCCCACGGGGGCCAAGGUCGUGGCCUCAGGCGGUUUUCCCUCCUUUGGUUUGGGAUGAGCAGAAAAAUUAGAAUCAAGACUGGGCCAAAAAGCUUCCAGAGAGCCAUGGCCUGCAGAAGCCAACCUAGAAGGCCUGAAGCCACCCCCUCUUUCCUGCACCCCUUACAAACCCACCUUUCCUGCCUAUACGCUCCUUUUCCCAGAGGCGCAGACAAGCUCAGGUUAUCCACGACAAGAGGCCCCUGGUCUGUCAGAGCUGCCCGAGGGACAUUUUGGGGGUUCAAUAAUCCUUCCAGCACCUCCACCAUCCCCACUGAAAAAUAAGAUACUGAACUAAGUUGGGUCAUUUGGCAAACCUUUGCUGAGCACCUACUGUGUGCUCGGCUCCCCGCAAGGCAGAGAGACCACAGCCCAGGGACAGGUGGGACUCCCUGGAAAGCCCCCUGGUGGCAGAGAGAAAGGUGAUGGAGGCCUGGGCUGGCAGAGCCCAGCGCUCCUGUCAGGAGAAGGCCGGCCCUCCCACACCUCCCAGGCCCUAGGUGGGGAUGAAAGGCGUGGACAGGAGGGACAGAGCAGACCCGGCCAGGCUCACCGCUCUACAUGUCGAGAAGGACAUUGUGCAGUUCCCGUUGUGGCUCAGUUCCCGUUGCAGCAAACCCGACUAGUAUCCAUGAGGCCGUGGGUUCGAUCACUGGCCCCGCUCAGUGGGUUAAGGAUCCAGUGUUGCUGUGAGCUGUGGUGUAGGUCGCAGACACGGCUCAGAUCCCACCUUGCUGUAGCUCUGGCAUAGACCAGCAGCUGUAGCUCUGAUUCGACCCCUAGCCUGGGAACCUCCAUAUGCCAUAGGUGGGGCCCUAAAAAGCAAAAAAAAAAAAAAAAGGGCAAAGCCACAGCCAACCCAGCCUCACAGGGUAGCCCCUCUCCACCAGCCGAGAGAGCACACAGGCCAAGCCUGCUGACCCGGGAGCCCGGCUGACACGCUCAGGACACUGGCCUUCACCAGAGAUCCGCGUGGUGAUGGCUCAGCCCUUUUGAGCGGCCGUCAUUCAGGACGAAGGCAGCACCAUGGUGUUUGAGAGACCCUGCCCGUCCCGUCCCAUCCUGCAGCCCCCCCAGGAGUAAGUCCUGAGCCCUCACUGUGUGCCAGAUGCACGGUGGCCUGGAGCUGGAGCCCACCUUGUCCAGCCGGCUCACUUCUGGGAGAGGACGCCAGGAGGGGCCGGUUGUCCCCAGGCCCAGGUGACAUGGAUGCGGCCACACUCUCCCGCCCAGCAUCCUGCAUGGGCGGCCCCCAAAGAACAGGCCCCUUUGCUUCCCUGAGGCAUCCCCAGCCCCUGGAGGGACUCUCUGGAAUUGUCUGCACCCCAAGGCUCAACAGGAAGCAAUGAAGAGCCAGAGUCGCCCCGCCUCCUCUGCCGCCAAGCCCUGGGCCCAGGGCUGUAGCAGAAGCACAGACAAUGCUCAGGGCCCAGUCAGGUGGGCAAGCCUGAAUAGUUAGUAAGGCAGGGAACUGAGAGUCAAAUCCAAGCCCGUCUAAUCCCAAAGUCGGAAAUCAGUGCCUCUCUGUGCAGUGUUGAUCGCUGAACUCUACAGAUUGGGAAACCCAGCCGGUCAGCUUGGCAAUGGAGGCCCAGGGGUAGGGACCAGAAGGGGGGGGCGUUAUGCAGUGACCCCCAUCCUCUGGAACGAGUGCCAAAAGCUUAUCCAGAGAAAGAUGGGCUUCCGCCUCCUGCCCGGGUGGACGGGUCACUUCCCUUCCAUUCGCACUGAGCCGGACUAGAAAGCUUCGGCCGAGCCCUGUGCCCAGCCCUGGAAGACGUCGAGGGCCCCUCCCUUCCCUGCCCCCUUCCAGCUAGAGUCGCCCGUGGCCCUCAGCGGACAGCGAGCCUGGUGGAAGCAGGGGAAGAAAGAGGAUACGGAUGGACACCGAGUAUUUUUUCAGUCCAGAGGCCACGUAGAUUUGCAAGGAAACUUCUUAUUCCACUGAGAUCAAAACUUUAAAAAGUCUGAGCAGACCUAGCCCCUGCUGCGCUUGAUACAAGAUAUCUUAGCACCGCUGGGCAUGUGGAGGGACUGGCACGCUGAAGCCCCGUGCUCGCAGCCUUUGUCCUGGGCUCCUGUGAAGGCACCGUGCUGUCCAGGCGCCUCGGCCGUCACUCUGCCCGCGAGGGUGACCCUAUCUGUGUAACCACGUUUUUCUUUUAGUUGCCUCGAAUAUUCAAACUUGCGUUUUCUCCAUCAUGUUCAUACAUAUGCAUGUACUUAAAUAUUCGUGGAAAUCUUUUUAAUAAUAAACAGGAAAUGAGCUGAAAUAUCA